UCCGCGCCUGCAGUGCGCUCAUUCCUCUAUCUCUACAAUGGCCCUGGUGCUGGUGCAGUAUUCCGAUUCCGAUUCCGAUGAGGGCAGCCUCUAUAAAAAGGCAGAAUCCGAUGCCUACCCACCGCCGACUCAGCCGGUAGCAGGCUCAACAGUGGCUGUGAAACGCAAGCGCGAAGAGCCCAGCUCGAGCUCUAACCUACCUCCCCUGCCGGCUGCCUUCCACGAUCUGUACUCGGUCAAUAUGCGCGUCAGCACCUGCGACGAUCCGAGUCUGCACGGCGGAAGGAAGCGUGCAGUCCCGCAUAUUGACGGCAAUUGGCCCAGCCAUGUCUAUCUAGAGUGGGUUCCUUCGCAUACAGAGUCCGAAAAGCUACAGGACCUCAUCGACUCCAUCUCUGCAUCAAUCCACAAUGCGAACAGCACUCGCGCCAAUCCAAUUCCUGUCCCGGACAUCAUUCCUCUCCUGCGCUCGCCCCUCGGCGCAUCGCUGCCUCUGCACAUCUCGCUGUCUCGGACACUUCAAAUCCAGACUGGUGACCGUGACGCCUGCCUAGACACUCUAACGAGCUCUCUACGAAAAGCCGCCGUGAGACCAUUCGGCAUUCGUUUCGCGAGCUUAAAAUGGGUCCCCAAUUUCGAGAGGAAUCGAUGGUUCCUUGUCCUUUCCAUCGCAAAGCCACCGCAGAACGAGCUCAACAGACUGCUAGACGCCUGCAACGAAGCCGCAGAGAGGUGUGGGUACCCUGGUCUCUACACCGGAGGACCCGGGGACGGUCCCGUAGAGGAUAACACGUCCGUCGGCAAUACAAAGAAGCGGAGAAAAACUUUGAGCAAAGAAAAAAAGCAUAAAUAUGCAACUCCAGGGGCUAUAGACCGGUCUGACAACUUCCAUAUCAGUAUUGCAUGGAAUCUGGAGGGUCCUGCGCCGGAAUGGAUGGCCCUGGUGCAAAACAUCGCCCUGGACAGGGACCUUCUGUCAUCAGGCACGCACUUCGACGUUGUUAAAGCGAAAAUCGGAAAUGUGGUACAUAAUAUCGAGUUG